CGCGGGGCAUGUUUGUGGUCGCUACGUCACGUGUCGGUAUGACAGGAUUCCUAACCUGAGAGCAACGUCAAAACGCUAAACAUCUCGCUUCGCAGGGCAGACCGCCGCAUUUUUCUGCCAGAUUCUUUCGUUUCGUCGUCAAAACUCGUCGUCGGAGCAUACGUUUAUUGAUAUUAUAGAUGCAGCGCGUAUUCCAAGUACGUACCGAAAAUAAUUUAUCGUACAAAAUUCAUUUUGCAAGUAUUAAGCAUAAGCAAAAUACACGUCAAAAUUUACAAGGAACAUGAGUUUUAAGACAACUAAGGAAGUUAUAGAAGACGGAGACCGUGUUAUCUUAUAUUUAAGUCCAAGCAACAUGCAUUCUCUGGAAGUAAAAGCGAAACGUUCUAACAAGAAGGGUGAAAUCAUAGAUAACAUGUUCCACACUACGUAUGGUGCCGUGAGAGUUGUUUCGCUCAUCGGACAAAAGUAUGGUUCGAAAGUGGAGUUGUCUCGAGGCUGGGCAUAUGUGUUGCAGCCAACGCCAGAACUCUGGACGCUGACACUGCCGCAUAGAACUCAGAUUAUCUAUAGUCCAGAUUCAAGUCUCAUUAUACAUUUAAUGGAGCUUCGGCCAGGAAGUAUAAUCAUCGAAACAGAAUUUAAGAAGCAUGGUUUGAAUACGUUUGUAACUUUGAAGGAAAGAGAUGUUUGCUUAGAAGGAUUUGGAGAAGAGUUAAAACACAAAAUUGAUGCAGUGUUCCUAGAUCUUCCACAUCCGUGGUUAGCGAUAGAACACGCUACUGUUGCUUUAAAACAAACAGGUGGAAAACUCUGUUUUUUUUCUCCUUGCAUUGAACAAGUUCAACGUACUUGCGCAAAACUGAUUUCUAAAGGAUUUAUAGACGUACACACGUACGAAUGUUUGCAAAGAGAAAUGAAUGUUCAAUACAGAUCUCUACCGAUAUUAGAUUUGGAAUGUUUAAAAUACAAGGUAUGUUG